UAUAAAUUUAUAUAUUAAUUAACCAAGUUGCAAUAUAGGUGAUAGAUUUUUUACACACAUCAAUCCCAAAGAGUGGAAGCUCAACACUCUAACCAAUAUAUGUCACGUCCAUCACAUUUUUACUGUCAAUAUAUUCCUUGAAUGGAAUUAUCGGCCUGAAAAGAUAUGAAACCCCUCAUUAUUAUAAUCAAAUCUUUGUUAGAAAGAUCAGAGUAAAGUGGGGUGACAUAUAUAGAAGAUCUUAAUGCCCCAAACACCACUGUUCUCUUGACGUUUGAGGCAGUCUUUUUGCUAUGUACUAAAACGCAGGCCAACCCAGAAGUCCAUCCAACACAAAAAAAGCUGGCUUACACCCCAAAUCUCUUCACAGCGCAGUUCAUCAACAACUGGUUUGCACUUUCUCCUUCUAUCCCUCAAACUCUUCACCUAUCUCACAAUUCAGAUUCAUCAUUACUGAAUCCCCUUUCCUCCCCCCCAUUUAAAUGGCUUCUCCCAUCAACUUCCAACCGCCAUCUCCACCAUGCACACAUCAAACAGCACAUCUUCAAGCAGUACUACUAAUACUACUACUACUUCCACCACCCCGGGGCGUCACCCAACUUAUCGGGGUGUGCGCCGCAGGAGCAGUGGAAAAUGGGUGUCUGAAAUCCGGGAGCCAAGAAAGCCUAAUAGGAUUUGGCUAGGCACAUUUCCCACUCCGGAAAUGGCUGCGGUUGCUUAUGAUGUUGCAGCUAUUGCCCUCAAGGGUCAAGAUGCCGAGCUCAACUUCCCCAACUCGGCUUCCUCGUUGCCCGUGCCAGCCUCUAGUUCCUCACGUGACAUCCAGGCGGCGGCAGCCUCCGCUGCAGCUGCUAUAGGAGCAGCGGCGGCCGCCAUGGGAGUGGGAAAUGAUGAUUCUCAUUCAAGAACUGAGGUGCAGGCUCAGGGUCAUAGAACAAUUGAGGCUGCUGAUAGAGUUGCGUUGAGUGAUCAUCAGUUUGUUGAUGAGGAUCUGAUCUUUGACAUGCCUAACGUUCUGGUGAACAUGGCUGAGGGAAUGCUUCUUAGCCCUCCUCGCUUGGACAUAGCUGAUGAUGAUGUUGUUGGUGCUGAUCAAGAAGAUGAUCAGAACCUAUGGAAAUUUAAUUGAAAUCCCAUCUUAUAUCAAUAUCCACCAUGGAAAAAAAAAUGAAAAAAAACCCAAAAUAAUAAAAUAAUAAAAAGACCUUGAUGUAUAUGAGGGGGGAGUCUCACAUUCAAAACUUUGAAAUUAGUAUAUGGCAUGUCUAUGCAGCAUAUAUCUCGACGGAGAAUAUGAUUGUGGUGUGUGUGUUUUUUUAUUAGACUUAAUCUGCAGGAUUUUCAAUAUUAGGAGUUGCUUUGUAUUUCCAUCAUGUUCCUUCAUCAGUUGCAGAAUGUGCAAUGGAAGG